AUUCGCAAAUGUGAUGUCAUUAAUUGCUGUUCAGCAAAGCUUGCAGAGGACUUAAGAUGGUUGCCAGAUCCAGUCAUCAACAAAGAAGGAGAUCAUUAUCUUCAACUGGAAGCUGUGAUUGACACCGACACCACAGACUUGAAUAGACCAUCUGCAAAGCGAUUUCCCCGAACAAAGGAUGAUCGAGCAAGACAAGUAGAUUACUUUUUGAUUGAUGAUCAGGUACAGUACAGUGUAUGUUUGUAUAUUAUACUCAUGUAGCUAUAAAUUAAGGCAUUGAACGGUUAUAUCACAAUAGCGUAAAUUAAUUGAGAUGUACUGUAUCUACUUUUCCUUUCAUUAGGAGGAACAACGAAAAAACCCUUCAAAUUUUACAGCUCAGCAUGCAAGAAUGACAGUUGAUUGUGCAGAGUGUGGGGAACCAAGAGUGGUCUUUAGUAAAAACAGAUUAUCUGAACGACAGCAGAUAACCAUUCUCACUGGAUUGGAAGAAUAUACAUGCGGUGGGCAUAUCCUGCCACCAGAUAACCCCGUGCACAAAAGUGUGGAUGUGAAGCUGUCAGUAAAUUGCGGUGAUCCUGUUGAGUUGGCAUACUACAGUUCCAAGCUUGGCAGGGCUGAUAUUUGUUGCCAUUGUGGUGGAAUGGGUGCAACCCAAAACAAUGCUUUAAAGGAAAAAUUCAAGACAGUUUUGCCUAUGUGUGCAGAUUGCACAAAAAAUGGACUACUGCCCAUAACCGCGAGGCCAUAUGGCACGAAGUAG